UCCUCCCUCCAAGCACAUCUGGAACAGCCUAAGAGAACAGAGCCACAAACCAACACUCUGCUGCAUCACUGGAACAACCAGUAUAAAGUUAUUCAGCCUGCAAGAGGACUUAGAUUCUUUCAUAGCAGAAAUCCCGUCACUCUGUCUACCUUUGGACUGCUGGUUUCCUGAAAACACCCAGCUGCUGCAUUGAGGCUGCGUCGGUUUGAGGUUCAAACUUCAGCUCGUUCAUCACUACUGAUCAACAGCAUCUUCCAACUGCAGGAUGCCAUUAGGAGGAGGAAACAAGUGUGGCCGCUGUUCAAAGACGGUGUACUUUGCAGAGGAGGUUCUCUGUGAUGGGCGGAGCUUCCACAGGUCCUGCUUCCUGUGCAUGGUCUGUGGGAAGAACUUGGACAGCACAACUGUUGCUGUUCAUAUGGAUGAAAUCUACUGCAAGGCAUGCUAUGGCAAGAAGUACGGACCAAAAGGCUACGGUUACGGUCAGGGAGCGGGAACUCUGAGUAUGGACAAAGGAGAGUCCUUGGGUAUUACACAUGAUGAACCUGCCCCACAUCGUCCUACCAACAACCCAAACCCCUCCAAACUGGCUCAGAAGUUCGGAGGGUCAGACAAGUGCCCUCGCUGUGGAAAGGCUGUGUACGCCGCCGAAAAAGUGGUCGGAGCUGGGAGUUCAUGGCACAAGAUGGGAUGUUUCACCUGUUCCACAUGUGGAAAGAGCCUCGAGUCGACCACACUAGCCGACAAGGACGGCGAAAUCUACUGCAAAGGUUGUUACGGAAAAAACUUUGGUCCCAAAGGAUUUGGGUACGGACUGGGCGCCGGGGCGUUGGCGCACACCCAGUAGAGUCCAGUAUGAGCACCAGGUUACUGCACUACUCCGUCUGUCCUGCAGAGGGCAGCCUAGCACACCUAGCAGAUUCAUCCCCUCACAAAGCAACAUAAUGAACUGUAUAUUACACAGGAACAUAACAUAAUAAUUCCAUAAGACAUGAAUACUGGUACAGUCUUGAUGUAUCCAUCACACUUUAUGCAGCAAUACAAGCUCUCUAUUUAAAACUCCAUUGGUCAUUUGUACUUUUUUUCUUCUGCAAAUUCAUUCAUGGCUUCUUGAUUCCUGAGAUACAGUUGUUCAUGUAACAGCCUACAGUAUAUGCUCCUCGUUUAUAGCAUGUUUUCCAGUACUGAUAAUAAUAAUAAAGAAAAUGGUAAACAAGA